AUGAGGUGGUGGUUGGGGUGUUGGGUUGUUACGGCGUGCAGGUGGUGGUGUGACCGUAACAAUUCCCCCCCCGUAAGACCUCCGCAGUGGGAUCACGAAGGAGGUUACACUGGAGCUCUUGACAGCGUAUCCGCCAACAAGUUGUCGACCCCCUUUAUGUGGCGGAUUUGGAGGUUGAAGGGUUGA